GGGCGGCGCGACGGGGGUGGCUCUUUCCUGGGUGGGGUUUGUGAAGUCGUGGCCCGUUAGCAGGAAGCGGAGCAGUCGCCCCGAAGCUAGCGAGAGGCCCAAUCCGAGCCCCCAGUGUUCGGAGUCCGAGCCUUGUGUACUGCGUGCUCAGUGCCGCCCGACAGCUCCCAGCCAAACUUCGCCAACUCCGCCGCCUUUGCCGCCACCAUGCCCAAGACGAUCAAUGUCCGUGUGACCACCAUGGAUGCAGAGCUGGAGUUUGCCAUCCAGCCCAACACCACUGGCAAGCAACUGUUUGACCAGGUGGUGAAAACUAUUGGCCUGAGGGAAGUUUGGUUUUUUGGUCUGCAGUACCAGGACACUAAAGGUUUCUCUACUUGGCUGAAACUCAAUAAGAAGGUGACUGCCCAGGAUGUACGGAAGGAAAGCCCCCUGCUUUUCAAGUUCCGGGCCAAGUUCUACCCUGAGGAUGUAUCUGAGGAAUUGAUCCAGGACAUCACACAGCGCCUGUUCUUCCUGCAAGUGAAGGAGGGCAUUCUCAAUGAUGAUAUUUACUGCCCACCUGAGACAGCCGUGUUGCUGGCCUCUUAUGCUGUUCAAUCCAAGUAUGGUGACUUCAAUAAGGAAGUUCACAAGUUGGGCUACUUGGCCGGGGACAAGUUGCUGCCACAGAGGGUCCUGGAGCAGCAUAAACUCAACAAAGACCAGUGGGAGGAGCGGAUCCAGGUGUGGCAUGAGGAACACAGAGGCAUGCUCAGGGAGGAUGCUGUCUUGGAGUAUCUGAAGAUUGCUCAGGAUCUGGAGAUGUAUGGUGUGAACUACUUCAGCAUCAAGAACAAGAAAGGCUCAGAGCUGUGGCUGGGGGUGGAUGCCCUGGGUCUCAACAUCUAUGAACAGAAUGACAGACUGACUCCUAAGAUAGGCUUCCCUUGGAGUGAAAUCAGGAACAUCUCUUUCAAUGACAAGAAAUUUGUCAUCAAGCCCAUUGACAAAAAAGCCCCGGACUUUGUCUUCUAUGCUCCUCGGCUGCGAAUUAACAAGCGAAUCUUGGCUCUCUGCAUGGGGAACCAUGAGUUAUACAUGCGCCGCCGCAAGCCUGACACCAUUGAGGUGCAGCAGAUGAAGGCACAGGCCCGGGAGGAGAAGCACCAGAAGCAGAUGGAGCGUGCUCUGCUGGAAAAUGAGAAGAAGAAACGUGAGAUGGCAGAAAAGGAAAAAGAGAAGAUUGAACGGGAAAAGGAGGAACUGAUGGAGAGGCUGAAGCAGAUUGAGGAACAGACUAAGAAGGCUCAGCAAGAACUGGAAGAACAGACCCGCAGGGCCCUGGAACUUGAACAGGAACGGAAGCGUGCCCAGAGUGAGGCUGAAAAACUGGCCAAAGAGCGUCAGGAAGCUGAAGAAGCCAAGGAGGCCCUGUUGAAGGCCUCCCGGGACCAGAAGAAGACCCAGGAACAGCUGGCCUUGGAAAUGGCCGAGCUGACAGCUCGGAUCUCCCAGCUGGAGAUGGCCCGACAGAAGAAGGAGAGUGAGGCUGCGGAAUGGCAGCAGAAGGCUCAGAUGGUACAAGAAGACUUGGAGAAGACUCGUGCAGAGCUGAAGACUGCCAUGAGCACGCCUCAUGUGGCAGAGCCUGCUGAGAAUGAUCAGGAUGAGCAGGAUGAAAAUGGGGCAGAGGCCAGUGCCGACUUGCGGGCUGAUGCCAUGGCCAAGGACCGCAGUGAGGAAGAACGCACCACUGAGGCAGAGAAGAAUGAGCGUGUGCAGAAGCACCUGAAGGCCCUUACUUCAGAGCUGGCCAAUGCCCGCGAUGAAUCCAAGAAGACUGCUAAUGACAUGAUCCAUGCUGAAAACAUGCGACUGGGUCGAGACAAAUACAAGACCCUCCGUCAGAUCCGGCAGGGCAAUACCAAGCAGCGCAUUGAUGAGUUUGAGUCCAUGUAAUGGGCACUCAGCCUCUAGAGACCCCUCCUCCCUUCUUACUUGACCCACACACUCCUACACUCUUGCCUAACUCACACUGCGCUGGAGCCACUAACUAGAGCAGCCCUGGAGUCAAGCAGCCAAGCAUUCAGUGCAGCCAUGGGACCAAACCUAGCCCCUCAGCCCUCACUCACUUCCCUAGGCAGAGAGAUGGCCCACUAUGGUGCCAAUGGGACCCUCUUUUUCCUCUGUCCUGUUCUAUCUAGCUUGCUAGAAGAGAUCACUUUCCCAGCUCAGAGGCACCUCCCACUUCAUUUGGAAAAUACCUCCACACUUACUUUUGCUCUGCAGGAGUCGAGUAUGGGUAGGUUGAAAACUGGCCCCCACCCGUGACACCACUGCCUUCCUCUUCAUGGUCCUGUGACUUAUAGAAUUGGAAUAUCACAGGGUUUAGGGAGGGAGGCAGGGCCCUGGCUAUAUGCUGUAGGAUGUCAACUACCCUAGGAUUAGGCAUACCAAUGUCCAUUCCUUCUAGAGUUAUUUAGGCUUUUUAAUGAUUGGAGGGUAAAAAAAUGUUAAGUUUUUCUUUUUUCUACCACCCAGAUUAGGCCUUGUUCCCAAUAAGCCUUGUCCCUGAGUUCAGGGACUCAGCUUCUCCUCAGGGUGAGAUGGGGGAUACAGUGCCUUUUAAGAGGCUUCACCAACAUCCUAGAAAGCCACUGGCCCUUCUGUUCAGGCAAGACUGGGUAGAAGAUCUGCCCCAGUACCUUGGGAGCCUAGGCUUAUUUCGAGUGAGCUCUAUGGGAAGAGUUAUUCCUUACUUAUUAUUCUGGGUUCCUCUUCCUUUCUUGGGAUCUGCCCCUCCCUACUCCAAUUCCCAAAUCUCCUCACAGUAGAACAGUAGGGAUGAUUACCCCAAAACCUAGCCAGCUCCCUCUAGGACCCUUGUAAAAGGGAGGAAAUAUUCACAUGGCUUCAGUAUUUUCCCUGCCAGGGGUCCCAGACCUCUUCUUCCUUCAGAGCUACUCGGGCCAUGGCUCCUGCUUCAUGGCCAUCAAGGCCUUGGUUUGGUGAGCCCUGGAACUUAAUGCCAUUUGGCUCAAUUGGUGAAUAGAUGAAAGAAGCUGAGUGUGUAGAGAGAAGCCUAUGACCCAUAUCCUACAGUUUACUUGACCCCACUUUGGCACCUAAUAGCCCCUUCCCAUUACCUCUCUUCAUGGUGAUGACCGAGUCCUGCCUAUGUUUAACAAACCUCUAACACAGGUCUUGCCAACAAUUGUGCUGUCCCUUGGAGUUGUAAACCAGAGAGCUGUUAGGGGCUCUGGCCUGGUCCCUUUCACACCCCAACCCCUUUUUCUCAACCUAGGCACAGCUUCCUCCUCCUGUCUGUCUCAUGUGUGCUCUUUUUCUACCAGUAUUAUAUAUUUUAGUUGCAUCUAACUCAAUAUUGAUUAUGUGUUUCUUGCUAAUGAACCUUUAGAAGAUAUUAGUCUUGGGACAGGAUCAUUUGGCCUCAUUUCCUUACCACCCCUAUACGUGGGAAACAUACUAUAUUGUAAAAGAAUAUUUUGCCAGAAACAUUAAUGUUAAGAAGCUUUCAGUAUUAGUGAUAUCACCUGUCACUAUAGGUCACACAGUCCUUUUUUUAAAGUACUUGGUAUUUAGUUUUAUUGUUCUUUUUUUGCCUUCUCUCCAGAGUUAAUUCCCUAAGGGGCCUACUGUCCUUCCAUGAAGUGCCCCUAGCCCAAAGCCCAUGGCUUUGAUCUCUCCCUCUCCUUGCCUCCUGCUUGACCUUGGGGAGUCAUGUGCAUUGCUGUGAAUUAUAUUGACACUCUUGCUAAUAUGUCCUAUAUUGGAUAAAUUCAAACCUGGAAUUGUGGGGCAAUCUAGCUGCCUUAAGGGCAGUAUUCCCCCCACCCCACCCCAGGGAAAUUGGGAAGAAAGGUUAGAUUUUAUAUUCAGGGUUUUUGUGUGUAUUUUUGGGUUUUUAAAAUUUGUUUUUGGAGGGGUUUAUGCUUAACCCAUGUUCUGUUUCAGUGCCAAUAAAAUCGAGGAAGAGUUCA